AACCACAACUGAUCGAAUGGAUGUCCUCACGGAACAGACUCACAGUAGAGGUUGGAGACAACGACUGUUCACGGAAAGUAGACUGUCUGGCUAUUAAAGUUGUAAGUACAAACGUGUUCUCGAGGAACACGUUCGAUCUGAAGCAAAGAUUGCGCUUCGGAUAACAUCCUGUGCUGGAAACCUUCCAUCGCCCCAGAAUAUCGCUGGUGAAUACCGUCUACUCGGUUUACUUGCGGUGGCUGAAAAAAAACCGAAUAGACUAAGGGGAAACUACGACAGCCUUACAAUCCAGCUUGUCAUGGGCGCUCGCACCCUCAAUUCCCGGAUGUCCACGGGAGCUUCGGAUCUCCUACUACCCUUGGUGGUGACCAGUAAUCGUGCUCAGACUGAUCCUACCGCUGCGACAAUGGCGAGUAUUCCACACACUUUCGACGGUCAAGUCGAUGCCUCUCUGGAUGAACUGGAAACCCACUUGAAUUCAAUGGGACCGGACAUCGGCACAGGUCUCCGGGACACGACGAUCAGUACGCCCACACGACCCCGCCGUAGAGCUUUGUCAUAUCCUAACGUCACGACUGCCGAAAACUCUACUCUGCUGUACUGCGUAUCGACCUUGCAAGCUAUAGCGCUUGCCAGCUUUAGCUUUUACUGGAUUCUGCGUUCCUUCCGCGAGGGUUUCCAGUCCCUACAGACUACACUUCUCUUGUGUGUGGGACCAAUUACACAGGUUGGUUGGCUUGGCUGGCGCUGGCAAAGCCUUCCACGGCGUCUCUUCUCCAGCCCUGCGGACGACGCAAUAUCAACGUCCUCGAAUGCUUCGCAGCAACAACAAAACCUUCAACUGAUAAGUUUGCUCCCACUCCUUUCGUUCACUUUGCAACUUGGUCUCUACGGCUCUGUCUGGAAAGCAACACGAGCUUUGGUUGAUUCCAUACCGAAUUGGGUAUUCUUUAGCUUGCAAGCCUUACGCAUCGGUUCCAUCGUCGAGCCAUACUACCUCCUUGCUUCUGGUAGCAUCAAUUCUACAAUGCCAGGAGCUUGCAAACUGACAUGUACAGCAGCGUGGAAACUUUUGGAUAUCAUACAGGGGGUUUAUGCGCUGCUCAUAAGCUGGGGAGACGCCAACAAUGUCGAUCCCAUGUUGCUUCUGAUAUGGAGUGCGAUAGCGGUGCUAUUGUUUGCUGCCGAAUGGUUUACGGAAUGGGCAUGUAAGACCUUUGUCUUGCCGCCUUGUGGUGGUGUCUCUUGCUGUUUGGUGGAUCCGUCAAUGGCUUUCAACACGAUUGUUUACCAUGACCCAUGCCCAAAUACUUCCAAGACUAAUCUUACCACCCGCGUGCUCGUCGCUCCUGGUCUAGCAUGCUGGAGUGCUCUUCUAGCUGCUACCAUUCUUACGAAAGGCGUCCCCGACGAUUGGGUGGAUUGAUUUAGCUACGCGGGCGUGCAAAAGAUGUGCCUAGUCGUCAUCUAUUCGUGAAAACAGAUUGGGCAUCAUUGCAGUUAAAUGAAUCGACAAAGACGACUCGCGCUACGUUUACCCUGCGCUCCUUGCGUACUUCGUGGUGGAGGCUUUCCUAGGGCCUGAAGCCUGAAUCCUGAAUUUUUAGGUCCCGUACCGUCCACGGCUCGUAAAGCGUCGUCUGGUAGAAUGGAUCCAGCAACGAGCCAUGAAGACUCGAAGACUCGAGGUAUUGAACAAUAAAACUUCUUUGGGCGUUCCAAAAGACAUUUUGAAAUUGCCAACAACCGAAACUACCGAUAAAAGGGAAAGCUCUCAAAGAAUGCCCCUAUGUUCAUAAUCCACAAUCUUACGUUUUCUUUU